AUGACUAAUGCAGCUCAGCUGGCCCGGGAGGCGCCCGUGACCGCAGGGACACCUCCGCGCCGCGGGGAGAGGAGCUCGGACGCUGCCGACUCUGGAAGCGGAUCUGAAGCCGCUGUCCGCUCCGAAAGACCGCUCUCCCGAUGGCCCGCCUCCACCCCAGGGCCCGCCUCCACCCCAGGGCCCGUCUCCACCCCAGGGCCCGUCUCCACCCCAGGGCCCGUCUCCACCCCAGGGCCCGUCUCCACCCUAGGGCCCGCCUCCACCCCAGGGCCCGCCUCCACCCCAGGGCCCGCCUCCACCCCAGGGCCCGUCUCCACCCCAGGGCCCGCCUCCACCCCAGGGCCCGCCUCCACCCCAGGGCCCGCCUCCACCCCAGGGCCCGUCUCCACCCCAGGGCCCGCCUCCACCCCAGGGCCCGCCUCCACCCCAGGGCCCGUCUCCACCCCAGGGCCCAUCUCCACCCUAGGGCCCGUCUCCACCCUAGGGCCCCGUCUCCACCCCAGGGCCCGCCUCCACCCCAGGGCCCGUCUCCACCCUAGGGCCCGUCUGCCCAUCUCCACUCCAGGACCCGUCUCCACCCCAGGGCCCGUCUCCACCCUAGGGGCCCGUCUGCCCAUCUCCACUCCAGGACCCGUCUCCACCCCAGGGCCCGUCUCCACCCUAGGGCCCGUCUCCACCCUAGGGCCCGCCUCCACCCCAGGGCCCGCCUCCACCCCAGGGCCCGCCUCCACCCCAGGGCCCGUCUCCACCCCAGGGCCCGCCUCCACCCCAGGGCCCGCCUCCACCCCAGGGCCCGCCUCCACCCCAGGGCCCGUCUCCACCCCAGGGCCCGCCUCCACCCCAGGGCCCGCCUCCACCCCAGGGCCCGUCUCCACCCCAGGGCCCAUCUCCACCCUAGGGCCCGUCUCCACCCUAGGGCCCGUCUCCACCCCAGGGCCCGCCUCCACCCCAGGGCCCGUCUCCACCCUAGGGCCCGUCUGCCCAUCUCCACUCCAGGACCCGUCUCCACCCCAGGGCCCGUCUCCACCCUAG